AUGUCCAACGCUACACAAGAAGCUCUUACCCAGCUUCGGAAAACAUUGGAACUUUUGGCUAUUCAACAAGCUAAAACGGAUCAAUCUUCCACCAAGAUCCAAAAUGUAAGGAAAUCCGGUCCCGAGGCGCAAGAUUACUUUCAAAAACUCACCGAAAAGUAUUUGGAUUUUACAUCUGAUUGCCCUACGACAUACCAUGUCAUUGACCAUUUUUCACAGGAAUUGGACAAGGCUGGGUUCACAUAUUUGAGUGAGAAGAAUAGUUGGUCCGGAGUUAAAGGGGGCAAGUAUUAUACGGUGAGAAAUGGAACCAAUUUGGUUGCGUUUACAAUUGGUGAGGACUGGAAGUAUCAGAACGGUGUUGGUGCCAUUGGAGCACACGUUGAUGCGUUAACUGCCAAACUGAAGCCUGCGUCCAUCAAGAAAGAUGUCGAAGGUUACCAUCUGUUGGGUGUUGCACCAUAUGGUGGAACUUUGAAUUGGUUGUGGUUCGACAGAGACCUGGGUAUUGCCGGUCGUAUCCUAGUGAAGGAUAAAUCCACGGGCAAGAUCGAGGCUCGCUUAAUUAGUUCCAAGUCGCACCCAAUCGGACGCAUUCCGUCCCUUGCACCCCAUUUCGGCUCUGUAGCAGAUGGACCCUUUGACAAAGAAGAUCAAGCCGUGCCAGUGAUUGGAUAUGGGUCUAGUGACGACGCUGACGAAGGCGACGAGGACGAAUGUAGGUCACCGCUGUAUGGUAAACAUUCAAUCAAAUUACUCAGAUACGUGGCAUCUUUGGCAGAUGUGAAAGUGAGCCAAUUGAUCCAAUUAGACUUGGAAUUGUUUGACGUUCAAAGAGGUACCGUUGGAGGCCUGAAAAACGAGUUCAUAUUUGCGCCGCGCCUUGACGACCGCUUGUGCAGUUUUUCUGCGAUCCAAUCUUUGAUCGAUUUUACGAACGAGGGUCCAAUUCCCUCGGAUGGGUUCAAUAUCGUGGGUCUAUUCGAUAAUGAAGAAGUCGGGUCGCUAACGAGGCAAGGCGCCAAAGGUGGAUUGCUAGAGAGCGUCGUGCAACGCGUGUUGUCAAUUUACUAUACAGACGGCGCACUGUUGCGCUCUACGUUUGCGAAUUCGAUAUUCCUAUCUGCAGAUGUUAACCACCUGGCAAACCCAAAUUUCGACAACGUUUACUUGGAACACCAUAAACCAAAACCCAAUGUGGGAAUCACCUUGUCAUUGGAUCCGAAUGCACACAUGGCUACAGACGUAGUGGGAAUCGCGUUGGUCGAAGAAUUGGCACGUAUGAAUGGCGACAAAGUCCAGUAUUUCCAAAUCAAGAACAAUUCUCGGUCUGGAGGUACGAUUGGACCAAUCGUGGCCUCUCAGACAGGUGCCAGGACCGUUGAUUUGGGCAUUGCACAAUUGUCAAUGCACAGUAUCCGGGCCGCCACGGGUUCCAAAGACAUUGGUCUAGCGGUCAAGUUUUUCAAAGGUUUCUUCACCAAUUGGCGACAAGUUUAUGACAACUUUGGCGAUUUGUAG